CCAACCCACUCUCACAGCGCCGCCGCCGGCUCUUCUUACCACGGUCUUGGUCUCUUGGAGCCUCCCGCGAGAGAGAGAAAGCCCUUCUCGUCCUUGUCGAUUUGCGGGGAAGCGGGCGAUGGAGCACGGGUCGUUGGCGGAUUCGAGCGCGUCGAGCUUCUCCAUCGUGGAGGAGGAUCACACCCUCGCCAACUCCGUCAGAUUCGUCCUCAACCAGGACCCAAGGGUAGCAUUUUGUGGAUAUAGCAUCCCCCAUCCUGCUGACAACAAAGUCAACAUUAGGGUUCAGACUACAGGAGAUCCAGCAAAGGAUGUAAUGAAAGAUGCUUUACAGGAUUUGAUGGUGAUGGGCCAGCAUGUUAGAGCGACUUUUGACAAAGCAGUCGCUGAUUUUAAAUCAAACAUACCUGCAGAACAAAUGGAUGUUGAUGCAAACAAGUGAUGAAGUUUUGGGCCGCCCCUGUUCGAGAAGAUCAACAUGAUAUGUGCAACCAAUUUAUCAUCGGCAAGCAGAUUAGUUGUGAUUUCUCGCGCUUAAAGUUUGUGGAAAGUGUCUUUGUAACUGUAAUCAGUCCAUGUGAUGUCACUACUCCUAAGUCCUAAAGCACUUUGCAUUUUACGAAUUCAUAGUAUUGUUUAAGCAUUAUAUAAUUGUAAUCCUUGCGGUAUCAAUUUGAUAUGGAUUGCUUUCGUGUGGUCAACUCUACAACAACUUCAACAUCCAUUAUAACAUAUUUUCCCCUGAUCACUGGCA